AGUGUUUUAUAUUCUUCAGGUAUGUUAAACCAGAAUUGUUGGAUCAAUAAUCACUGCAGUGCAAUACCGAAUGCUGAAUGUUCGGAUUAUCAAUGUGAAUGCAAAGUAGGUUACGUUGAAUCUAAUCCAACGACUUGCUCACCUCUCUUAGGAACGCAAUGUACGAAACUUGAUGAAUGUGCCGUCCGACAUUCAAUAUGUUUCGAUGGACAGUGCGAGUGUUCUGAUUUUUUUACACCACAAUCAAAUGACCGGUGUCGGUCCACACUUUUACAGAAGACUUGCGAAACUGAUCGUGACUGUGUAAAUAUAAAAUUUUCAUAUUGCUCCGCCUCUAACUUGUGUUCUUGCAUAAGAAACAAUAUUGCUCUGAAUGGUAGCGCAUGUGGAGGACUUUUGAAUCAAUAUUGCUCACAUGAUCUUCCCUGUGUGACAGAAAAUUCAGUAUGCGUCAAUAAUAAUUGUGAAUGCAAAUUUUUUUUUAAAAAUUCUGACGCAAAAUGUUUCCCACGUAAGUAGAAAAUUUUAUUCCAACUCUCGUGGUUUUGGAAAUG